CGUACCGCAGGGCCCGCCCCAGUCGCGGGGCGUGCCGGGACAACGCGACCCGCGAACACCUCAGGGCAGGCUGUUGCGGACGCCGCGGGAGCGGACGCCAUGGCUGCGUUAGGACUCGCUUCGUUGCUGGGCCGCGUCCCGGCUACACCGUGGAAAGCGGCAAGAUCACCCCUUCUGUGUAAUUCUUUGAGGAAAAUAAGUUCUCAAGGAGGAAAACCUGAACCUAGCAAACAACCUCUUAAGAAGCCAAAGUUACCAGAAGGUCGUUUUGAUGCGCCAGAAGAUUCCAAUUUAGAGAAGGAACCACUGACAAGCAAGAAUACUGAACUGGAUUGCGAUUUCUUUCUCCAGGGGAUCUCCCUGACCCAGGGAUCAAACCUGAAUCUCGUGUAUUUCCUGCAUUAGCAAGUGGAUGGAUUCUUUACCACUGAACCACCAGGGAAGCCUCAUACCUAUCAAUAAUUACUUUAAAUGUCAAAGGACUAAAUAAUCUAAAGACAUAGUGUGGCUAAUUUGAUUAAAAAUGAGAUCCUUCUA